AACCACCCGGCACUGCUGCAGGUUGCGAUACGAGCUGAACGUGAGCAUCUAGUCAUCAACCUGGAGCGAAACGAGGGCCUGUUAGCCAGCACCUUCACGGAAACGCACUACCUGGGGGACGGCACCGACGUGGUCGUCGCGCGCAAUCGCACGGGUCACUGCUAUUACCACGGCAGUGUGCAGGGGUACCCUGAUUCUUCUGUCAGUCUCAGCACCUGCUCUGGACUCAGGGGAAUUAUUGUAUUUGAAAACAAAAGCUACAUUCUGGAGCCAUUAGAAGGUGCUGCAAGUGAACACAAGAUCUACCGAUCAGCAAACUUGAAAAUUGCCCCAGGAUCUUGUGGCCACACUCUGGACCUUUCUGCCACGAGGACUGAUGACUCCCUACAUGGUUCUCAAGCAUUUGCUGGCAGGUACAAGAGGGAGACUCUGAAGACGACAAAGUAUGUGGAGCUUGUUAUUGUGGCAGAUAAUCGGGAGUUUCAGAGACAAGGCAAGGAUGUAGAAAAAAUCAAGCAGAGGCUGAUAGAAAUUGCAAACUAUGUUGAUAAGUUCUACAGGCCACUAAAUAUUCGAGUAGCCUUGGUUGGCGUGGAAGUGUGGAACGACAUGGAUAAGUGCUCUAUCUCUCAAGACCCUUUCACCAGCCUCCAUGAGUUUCUGGACUGGAGAAAGCUAAAACUACUACCUCGUAAACCCCACGACAAUGCACAGCUAAUAAGCGGGGUCUACUUCCAAGGGACAACCAUUGGCAUGGCGCCCAUCAUGAGCAUGUGCACUGCAGAGCAGUCCGGCGGGGUGGUCAUGGAUCAUUCAGAAAACCCUCUAGGUGCAGCAGUUACCCUGGCUCACGAACUGGGUCACAAUUUUGGAAUGAAUCACGAUACGUUGGAGAGGGGCUGUAACUGCAAAGCGUCUACGGAGAAAGGGGGCUGCAUCAUGAACCCCUCUACUGGUUAUCCAUUUCCCAUGGUAUUCAGUAGCUGCAGUAGAAAGGACCUGGAAAACAGCCUGGAAAAAGGAGUGGGAAUGUGUCUGUUCAACUUGCCCGAAGUCAAGGAGUCAUUUGGUGGACAGAAGUGUGGGAAUGGCUAUGUGGAAGAUGGAGAGGAAUGUGACUGUGGAGAGCCUGACGAAUGCACCAACCAGUGCUGUAAUGCAACUACGUGCACGCUGAAGCCCGGAGCAGUGUGUGCCCAUGGCCUUUGCUGUGAAGAUUGCCAGUUAAAACCAGCGGGGAUUUCUUGCAGAGAGUCAAGCAAUUCCUGCGACCUGCCCGAGUUCUGCACGGGCGCCAGCCCCCAUUGCCCGGCCAACGUCUACCUGCACGACGGCCACGCGUGCCAGCGCGUGGACGGCUACUGCUACAACGGCAUCUGCCAGACCCACGAGCAGCAGUGCAUCACGCUGUGGGGCCCAGGUGCGAAACCAGCUCCCGGGAUCUGCUUUGAGAGGGUCAACUCGGCGGGAGAUCCCUACGGCAACUGCGGCAAGGACUCCAAGGGCUCCUUUGCCAAGUGCGAGCCCAGAGAUGCUAAAUGUGGAAAAAUUCAGUGUCAAGGGGGAGCAAACCGACCUGUAAUUGGUACCAAUGCUGUUUCCAUAGAAACUAAUAUCCCGCUUCAGGAAGGUGGAAAGAUCCUGUGCCGCGGUACCCACGUGUACCUAGGGGAUGACAUGCCGGAUCCCGGGCUCGUGCUGUCAGGAACCAAGUGCGCAGAUGGAAAAAUUUGUCUUAAUCGCCGAUGCCAGAACACGAGUGUUUUUGGUGUGCAUAAAUGUGUGACGAAGUGCCACGGGCGCGGGGUCUGCAACAACAAGAAGAACUGUCACUGUGAGGCUGACUGGGCCCCGCCGCACUGCGACAAGCCAGGGUUUGGGGGCAGCCUGGACAGCGGGCCCGUCAGGCAGGCAGAUAACAAGAGUGUAACGAUAGGGGUGCUGAUAACGAUCCUGUGCCUUGUUUUUGCUGGGUCCAUCAUGUACCUGAAAAGGAAGACUUUCAUGAGAUUGCUGUUUACAAGUAAAAAGACAACAAUAGAGAAACUAAGGUCUGUGACUCCAGCAAGACCUUCCAAUUCAUCUGAGCCUAAUCACAUUCACUCCACAUCUCUCGGUAAAAAUCUGAUCUGGAAGCCUCAAAACACAAACAUGCAGAAGAGAGACGGUCCCAGGCGGCUGCUCCCGUACCAGGUCGUGGACAUCAGCAGCCCCGUGAAGACUCAGGAUCUGCCGCAGACGCCGCAGCGAGUCCUGCCGCCCCUUCCGCAGCCCCCCACGGUGCCCGAGAGGCCCUUGCCAGCCCACCCCUCUCCUCGGUUUGCCCAG